ACUAUGUCAUUGAAUAUAAAAUUACAAACACUUCCACCUCGCUGUAAAAAUUUCAAACCAAUUUCUAUUCAACCGUUGCCACGAACAAACGUGAAUAUUUUCAUUGACUCUUCCGCAUGUUUAUCACAAUCUGCCUUAUUAUUAAUAGAAAUAGCUAUCGGCCCAUCAUGUACCAAAAAGAAACAUUGUUAUGUGAAAGAUGUUUUAAGAGAUGAAUUUUAUGCAUGGGAUAUUUAUAAUGCAAGU